GCUCUAUGUCUGUGACAAGCAGAAAUGUAAACAAUUGAAAGCAGCAGCGGAGUGUAAACUGCAUAUAAUUUGAUUUUGAAAUAUUUUCACAUAGAUAUUCAGACGUUUUUAACACAAUGUGCUCUUAACGGUCCCUCUGAAUAGUCGAUAAAACGUCGCUGACGCCUGAGCUCUCCGUGAGAAGAUGAUAUAUCACGUUCCCUGGAUCUAUACGCCAGUGCGGACCGUUCUGGCAAUUUGGCACCAGCUGACGAAAACUGAGAUCCCGGAGCUGGCCAAGUGCUCGGUGCUGAUGAGGGAACGCAGCAGAGUGGAGGAAACGAUCCACUGCAUGCAGCGAGCAGGUGCAGGAAACCUGCAGGUAAUCUCAGACUUUGACAUGACACUGACCAGAUUCGCUCACAACAGCAAGAGAGUUCCCACCACUCACAACAUCUUGGAUAACAGGCUGCUGAUUAAUGAAGACUGCACUAAAAAGAUGAGGGAGCUGUUAAACACUUAUUAUCCCAUAGAGAUCGAUGCUAGCCGGAGUGCUGAGGAGAAACUUCCUCUCAUGGUUGAGUGGUGGACAAAAGUCCACGAGCUGCUGAUUCAGCAGAAGAUCAGAAAAGACAUGCUGGCCCGGGCUGUGAAGGAAUCCAGUGCCAUGCUCAGGGAAGGGUACAAAGUAUUUUUUGACCAUCUGGCUGAGCACCAGGUCCCUCUGCUGAUCCUCUCCGCCGGGGUCGGUGAUGUCUUGGAGGAGGUGAUUCGACAGAACCACGUCUUCCAUCCAAAUGUCCACAUCAUCUCCAACUACAUGGACUUUGACCACACUGGGGUGCUGCAAGCCUUUAAAGGUCAACUGAUUCACACCUUUAACAAGCGAGAAGGCGCUCUGUCACAUGCAGCCGGCCUCAGAGAGCUGCGGGGUCGACCCAACGUGCUGCUGCUAGGAGACUCACUGGGAGAUCUGACCAUGGCCGACGGGGUCUCUGAGCCCCAGAACGUCCUCACCGUUGGCUUCCUCAACGACCAGGUGGAGGAGAGGAAGGAGUCUUACAUCAACUCUUUCGACAUCGUCCUGGUGAAGGACGAGACGAUGGACGUUCCAAACGCCAUCCUCAGGUACAUUACCUCGUCGAGAGACAACAAGUAAGACGCACAAAAGGAUCCGGACUGAAAAAUGCACGGAUUACCUCAUUUACUGCAUUCACCCUGUCGCAUGCUGGACAAUCUCACAGCCUCACUGACCUCAUGACUGAAUAUUUGAACAUCAAAUCACUCUCUGGACCCGUGUUCACUGUAACGCGGUGCAGAUGUUUAAAAACGUACCGUUCUGGUUUCACAGGCACGGGCUGGGCUCCGAUUCAAACUGUUUUCUAGUGUUACAUCUAACUGGCCACGUGUUACCUCAGCUUAACUCACCGAGCUGCCAGAACAUUAAAACCACAGACAGGUGAAGUUGAUAACACAGGACUCCGCAUUCUCAGAGCAGGACUAUGCACUCCACUAAACACUCCACUCAAGAACCAAGCCUACAAACACCCAAGAUCCCAAUCCACUGAGGUGCUAACUCCAUAACCCACAGGAUCCAAACGAUCCGCUUUAUCAGCACAUCCUGUUUUUAUUUGCAGGCUGCCCUGCGGGUAAAAACAACAACAAAAAGAAAAAUCAGUCUGAACCAUUAGCCUGCCAGCCCAUUUUACAAGUGUUCUUUAAAUGACUAACUUUGUAACCAUUUGUGCUAGAGACAAAAUUCAGACUGUGCCAGAAAGACGAGAAGACAGAUUACACUGGGAUAUUUGGUCUGAACACAGACAGCACUUCACAUUACCGCAAUUCCUCAGUCAUGUUGGGAUACAGAAAAUUGGGAUAUAGAAAAUUCAAAUGAUUCCUGAAAGAUAAGAAUUUUUUUUUUUUUAAAUUUUACAUCUAAAGUUACAAAAUAAGUCCAGGCAGCCUGUUUUUCAAUCCUAAUAAUUACCCUGUGAUUUAUUUGUUUUUUUAGGAAGAAGCUGUGUUUUAUGUGUACUGCGUGUUACCUUUGUGUACGCUGUGAGUACUUGAAGUUCAAGUCUAAACAUACUGUGCACAUGAGUUUCUUCAUAGCAUGCCGCUAUGACAGUGCAGCGAACAGCCUUUUACCUCUGUGUUUUAAACGUUUUGGGUCUGUGACAGUGGACACAGACACAUUAAUCCUGCUAUGCUAUGGCAGUACUUCACAGCGGGUUGUUGCUGUAUGUUAAAUGCAGUAAGCUUGUUGAGCUUUCUCAAACAUAUCGUGCUCAAAGAUAAGAAGAUGUACAUGGACUAGCAAGCGUUUAUAUUUAAAUGUACUGUAUAUUCUUUUUCUUAAAUCCAAAGACAAAAAGGAUUUCCUCUUGAUUUUCUAUGCUUAUUAACUAUCAUAAAGCAAUAAUAAGACCCUGUAAGUCUAAUAAUAACAACAAAUGCAGUUUUAUGUUGUGAAUCAGUCCUGCUGUAGCAUUUCUUUCUAUUAGAGGUGUCUAAUAACUCCUUUAUUAAUAUAUAUUUUUAAAUUGUUAACAAUAGUUUGCAAGAAAUUGAAACUAAAUCGGUGCAUUUUAGUCUUAACACGUAUGCUGGUGCUUUUCAAACAACGUUUUUACUGUUUUCUUGUCUGUUUCAAAGAUUCCCAUUAAGGUUACAUCUAUUAUCUGGUGCAGAAAGCAGAGAUGCGAGAUCACAGUGAGGAAAGAAACAACAGAUUGUAAGAAAAAAGGAAAUGGUUUUUCUACAAACAUUUUAAUGAAUGUGGUGUUCAGGGACAAAUAAAGGUGCUUAUUUGUUUACAGCAAUCAAACAGACAUUUGUAACACACACAAAAAAUGAUAGUGAAAAAGAUCUUCUGCGCUUUGUCAUUUCAAAACUUGAAACCACUAAACCAUGACUCCGUGUGGGGGAAAAAA